GGAGAAGUGCGCACUUCACUUCACUACACGGACACACACACACACACACUCUCUCUCACACACACACACACACACACACACUUUCCCCGCAGAGGUUUUUGGACUUUAUUCCGUCUGAACUUUCUCUCUCUCUCCGCGAGCAGCUUUUGAUCAGCGCGCGGUCACGAUGAGCGCGCACGGCACGCCGUCCUCGCGCUUCCCCAGCAUGUCGCGCGGAACCGUGCGGCACACCGAGCAGGUCUUCAUGACCGGAAACGGCUUCCAGCAGGACCUGGGUGAGACCUACAUGCAGCAGCAGCAGCAGCGCUUCACUGGGACCUUCAGCGGGAAGAGUCAGGGGAGCAUGGUGUCCUUUCAGAAGAAGGGCCAGAUUUUUUAUAACCGCUGCAUGAACAACCUUGAAUUGGCCAGAAACAUGAUGGAUCAAGGAGCUCUGGUUGAGUUUGAUCAAGCGAUGGUUGCAGCUGAUGAUGACAUGAAGCAGCUUCAACAGUGUAUAAUGGAAAUGAACAACUACGGCCAGAACCCUGACGUGUUAAUAAAGGGUCUGAAUGAAUGCAGUGUUUUUUACUCCGAGCUCACAGACAACGUGAGACGCCUGACUCUGCGCCAAGCUCGCACCAGCACCAGCAGGGAGGAGUACAGCGGUGGCGGCGGCGGCGGCAGCAGGAGUUAUGCAGAUGCCAUCGGCUGGAUCAACCAACAGAAACGUCUGAUUGAGUUGGGACAGUUUGGUGAGGAUGCUGGGACCAUUGAGCAGCAGAUCACCAACCACAACAGGUUCCACAGCUCCAUCCAGAGGAGUGCAGAAUUGCAGAGAGCCAAGGAUGAACUGAUGCAGUUGGGAGACAAGGCGGGCCUCCAUUCUCUAGAACAGGAGUGGGAGAACUUGCAGAAAAUGUCCCACAACCGUACGAACCAGCUGCGUGAAAUGCAGAGCAUCAUCUCAGACAUCUCUCAGGCCAUCAUGUGGGUGAACGAGAGAGAGGAGGAGGAGCUGAUGUUCGACUGGGGUGACAAAAAUAUCGACACCUACAUCCCCAAGAAACAGGAAAACUACUCGCGUCUGAUGAGAGACCUGGAGGGGAAAGAAAAGGAUCUCAACAAGCUUAAGUCCAGAGUAGAUCAACUGCUGAAGAGCAAUCACCCAGCAUCCGAUAAAAUCGAGGCGUACAUGGACACACUGCAGACUCAGUGGAGCUGGCUGCUCCAGAUUACCAAGUGCAUUGAUACCCACCUGAAAGAAAAUGCUGCUUACAGCCAGUUUUUUAAGGAGGCGAAUGAGACGUACACCAAACUUCAGAGAGAUGAUGAAAACAUCCGCAAGAAAUUCACUUGCAAUAAAACUACAGCUCUGCCUACUCUUACUGAGCUAGUGAAAGACCUGGAGAAAGAGAAGGACAGACUGAUGGAGAAUAGGAGGCAGGUACAGACGCUGGUCAACAAGUCAAAGAAUAUCGUGUGUCUGAAACCUCGAAACCCGGAAUACAAGAGCAGCACCCCGGUGAUAGUAAAGGCUCUGUGUGACUUUAAACAGGACCAGAAGGGUAUUUUAAAAGGAAAUGAGGCGAUACUAAAGGAUAACUCUCAGCGCAGUAAGUGGAACGUGACCGGGCCCGGAGGAUUGGACAUGCUCAUCCCGUCUGUGUGUCUCAUCGUCCCUCCACCAAACCCACUGUGCACUGAGCUGGCCAACAAGAACGAGAAGUACUACGAAGCCGUCAUGGGUAUCUGGAACCAGCUGUACAUCAACAUCAAGAGUCUGAUCUCCUGGCAGUACUGCAUGAAGGACAUCAAUCAGAUCAACUCACUCACCCUCAACAUGUUGUCUACUAUGAGGCCUGAGGAGUACCGUAACAUCAUUAAGAAUCUGGAGUACCACUACGAGGAGUUUCGGCGUCUCAGUCAUCAGUCUAAGAUGUUCGAAGAUGCGGACAAAAGGAAGAUGGAGGCAGAGUACAGUGGCGCACAGUCACGCUACGACACCAUGAUCACCCAAAUACAGCCUGGCGUUGGUAAGUACACACACACACACACUUCUGUACCAUGUACAGUAGGUCACUGUGUAAACAUGUAUGUGUGUGUUUUGUGUCUAGCUGGGAUACCAACUCAAACUAUACCAGUAGUGGUGGAUCGAAACCAACCAAGACAGGAGCCACCCAAGCCAACCAAGCCUUCUUCCGGCGGAUUUGUGGAGCCGGACUCUUCAUCCAAGAACUUCCAACAAACAACACAGGACCUGCUCUCGUUCACACACACUCUGCGGCGCAGACUGGAGGUGGCCGAGAGCGGGCUGAGCCAACACCUGCAUGUCCCGCUGAGAGAAAACAGUGUGCAGGAGUGUACACAGAGGCUGCAGCUGCUGCAGGGUGUCCACACUGACCUGGGCUCGAUCCGUGAUGAGUACCUGCGCCUGAGAGAGUUGGUGAUAAAGCAGGAAGCGACCGCUGACCCAGGUCAGGCCAAGUUCCUCAGAACUGAACUCGAUCUCAUCAACCAAAAACUUGGCAGCCUGGAGAGCUUCUCCAGCUUUUAUCUACAGAGACUCUCUGCUCUGAGAGGUCUCAUGCAGGGCCUCAUUCGUGCUGAGGACAUUAUUAAAGUUCAUGAAGCUCGACUGACGGAGAAAGAGACAAGCUCUCUGGACAUUAGUGAACUGCAGGACUACCGUAAAACACUUAAGAACAUGAAGAUAGAACUGGAGCAGAGGAAGGAGGUUCUGCGUGCAAUGGAAAAAGACCUGGAUCAGGCUGUUCAGGCCAAUUCACAGAUCGAUCAUAGCUUCCACCAGUGUGACGUGGACUUGGCCAAGUUCUCUGAAGUGGUGGACCAGAUGAAAAAACGCUGGGAUCGCAUCGACAUCCAGAUCAACACCAGGCUGGGUGAUCUGGAGAAACAGGAGAAGCAGCUGGGCCAGUUCAAACAGACCAGCUCAAACGUUGACCAGUGGAUCGACCAGUCGAGUCGUCGCCUGGACACACUGCAGACCUACAAGCUGAACUCUGUGCAAGACCUGAACGACCAUCUCAACCAACACAAGACGCUCCACUCUGAGAUCAAGGGAAAGAAGGAAAAAGUGGAUGAAGUGCAGAAGGAAGCAAGCAACUGUGCUGCCUCUAUAAAGGAUUACGAGCUGGAGCUGGCGUCCUACAGUGCCGGCUUGGAAACGCUGCUCAACAUUCCCAUCAAGAGAACCAUGCUUCAGUCUCCAGCCACUGUUGUCAACCAGGAGGCUGCAGAUAUUCAGACUCGUUAUAUCGAGCUACUGACUCGCUCGACUGACUACUACAAGUUUCUUGGUGAGCUGCAGAGGAGCAUGGAGGAGCUAAAGAUUCGAAACACUAAAAUUGACCUUUUGGAGGAAGAACUAAGGCGUCUGAGGAGCGAUCUGCAGGAUGGCUCGCAAAAGAACAAGUCCCUGGAGGACGUCUUGGCCCGUUACAAACUAGAGCUCUCUCAAUCUAAGGAACAGCUAAUCUCUAUGCAGGAAUUGAAGAGCACUGAGGUUAUGAAAUACAAUGCAGCUAGGGACAACCUGGACAGCACCCAAAAUCAGCUAAAAGACCUAAAUGAUCAGGUGGCAAGGCUUACACUGCUUAUUGAAGAGGAGAAACGUAGUCGCAGGCUGGCUGAGGAGCGUUACACCAGCCAACAAAAGGAGUUCGAGGCUGCCAUUCGCAAAAGACAGAAAGAGCUGGAUGAACUUAACUGGUCCAAGAUAGACUUUGAAAAGGCCAUCAAGGACAAGGAGCGGGAGAUUGAGCGUAUGAAGAUGCAGCUGGAGGAUGAGGCCUCCAGGCGCCGAGCAGCGGAAUCUGAAACCUCUAAGGUAAGAAACCAGUUGAACCAGGAGAUCAGUACUCUAAAACAAACAUAUGAGUCCGAGAUCCACGUGACAAAAACCAGCAUGCUAAUGGCAACGCAGCAAAAGGAGGAGGACAGUGCUACCCUAAAGCUGCAGCUGGAUAGUCUCAUGAAAGAUAAACGAGAUCUCGAAGAGGAGCACAGGAGGCUUAAGUUGUCAAUGAGCCAAAUGGAAGAAGCUAGAAAGAGGGCUGAACAGGAAGCACACCAACAAAGAUCCUCAGGAACAGAGGAGAACAGGAAGCGAAAGGAGCUAGAAAUACAUGUUCAAACCAUCACACGAGAGAAAACUGAACUUGAGACCAGGUACAAGAACGAACUCACACAGGCCAACAACAAAACGCAAGAAAAUGGCAGACGGAUUUUGACUCUUACUCAGAGCCUGGAUGAGGAGACACGGAAAAGGAAAGAUCUGGAACAAGAGAACCAAAGACUUCGACAGUCAGAGGCAGACUUGCUUGCAAAACAUACUUCCUCCUUGGAAAUCAUUAACAAGCUAAAAAUCACAGAACAAGAGGCAAAUCUUAUUCGUGUCGAGCUGGCAAAGCAAGCAAGUGAAAAAGGUAAAGUGGAGCAAAGCGCUACCAGGCUGCAGACUCGCAUUAAGGAUUUGCAGGUCAUGAUAGACAAUCUCGAGGCUGAGCUGGAGAAAGAGAAAAAAGGCAAUCAGGAUGAACUUACAAGAAGAAAAAGAAUAGAAUCUGAGCUGGAAAGGGUGAACCAGUUGUGCAGAGAGUACACAUCUACUAUUAACACUCUCCGUGUUCAUAAAGAGCAAGAGGGUUCCAUCAGCCGAAAGCAUGAACAGGACUUCCGUCGUGUCCAGGAGGAGCUGGACAGAUGUCAAAAGGAACACAUGGUAACCUCUGAGCAGCUUACCAGGCUGGGAGCAGAGCUGAAAGCCUUGCAGCAGCAGCUGAUUCAAGAGCAGGCCCGUGUCCGUGAGGUCAACCUGCGCAAUGAGACUCUGUCCAAGACCAUAGAGGAGAAGAGCCGAGGGCUGAAUGAAAGCAUGAGUGAAAUUGAGAAGCUUAAGAGUCUUACUCAAAACCUUACCAAAGAAAGGCUGAAGCUAGAGGAGGAGCUGAGAAGUGUACGCCAGGAACGGGAUGACUUACGGAGCAACAAAAACAGCAGCGAGAGUGAACAUAUGGCCCAACUGUCGGCCAUACAGCUCCAGUUUCAGAGCUCAAAUAAGAAAGUGCUAGAGCUCCAGGCCCACAUUAAUGAGCUGUCAAAAGAGAGAGAAAAUUUAAAGGCGGAAAUAGCCAAAAUCCAAAAGCAAUAUACGGAGACAUCUCUGACGAUCCACGAGUCUCAGACAAAAUAUACAGCAAUCCAACAAGAGAAAGAUAGUCUUCUGGCCAAACUUAGGCUCCUUGAAAUGGACAAAGGAAAGCAACAGCGCUCUGAAGAAGAGCUGAGUCGCAUCAAGAUGUCACUAGAAAAUGAAACGCGUCUGAAGCAGCGCCUCCAAGAGGAACUCGACAAAAUGAGCAAGGAUUUUAACUACUGGAAAAGCCAAUAUGAGUUAAAGGAUGGUCAGAUUAGACAGUGCCAGGCAGAUAAAGACAAGGCAGAGAGGGACAGGUCUUCACUGCACAAUGACCUCUUAAAACUUACUGCUGAGCUCAGAAGCGUGGAGGAACGAUACCGGUCUCGACUACAGACGUCCGAGUAUGAAGUGUCUGAACUCACUCGCAAGCGAGAGGCUCUAGAAAGAGAGCUGAAGAAGCUGCAGCAACGUCCAAGUGCCUUCAGUAAGCAGACUCAGACAGAUGAGAAAGCUGUUACAAUUGACCCAUCAAAGCUUGUUUUUGAUGGUAUUCGCCGAAAGGUAACGGCUCAUCAGCUAUGCGACUGUGGCAUAAUUAAUAAAUCUACCCUUGAAAAACUGCUGAAGGGCCAGAUCACAGUGUCUGACGUUUCAGUGGAAAUCCAACCCAGUCUUAAAGGUACAGGCAUUAUUGCAGGUGUUCAGCAAGGUUCUCAGAACAAAAUGCCAAUCACUGAAGCUAAAAGUAGAGAACUCCUAAGUCCAGAGAGUGCCAUAAUGUUGCUGGAAGCUCAAGCUGCCACUGGCCAUAUGAUUGAUCCAAAGUUUAAUGAGAAAAUGCCAGUUGAUACAGCCUGCUCGAGGGGCAUUGUUGAAACAGAGAACAGGGACAUCCUCAUUACAGCUGAGGCAGCUUGUACAGGGUUUAAGGAUCCAUUCACAGGAAAGCUUUUGUCCGUUGGACAGGCAUGCAAGAAAGGACAACUUGAUAAAGAGAGGGCAAUUCGACUGCUCCAGGCUCAAGAAGCAGUGGGAGGGAUAGUUGACCCUGUGCUGAGCGUGUUUCUACCCAAAGAUACUGCCUUAGACCGUGGCUUGAUUGAUGAAGAGCUUUAUCGAACACUGAACAAAAAGCCAGCUUGCUAUAUCAAUCCAGCAACUGCCGAAAAGAUCAGCUACAGUGACUUGAGGAGGAUGUGUGUUCCAGAACCUGCAAGUGGUCUUCUUCUGCUCCCCAUAAGUGAGAACUCCUGGUACGUGCAGGGAAUACGUGGCCAAGUUUCACUCACAGAGCUUGUAGAGUCCAACCUGAUUAAUAAGGGAGAUUUGGACAAAGUGAAACAAGGCACGCUCACAGCAAAAGAUAUUGAAAAUAGGCUGAAAAAUUACCUAUCUGGCUCUGGCUGCAUUGCUGGAAUUUAUGAUGAGGCUCAGGAUAGGGUCCUGCCCUUCUACCAGGCCAUGAAAGAAAAUCUUCUCCGUCGAGGAACAACUUUGGAGCUCCUGGAAGCACAAGCUGCUUCAGGCUUCAUGAUUGAUCCAGUCAAUAAUGCCUACUUUACAGUGGAGGAGGCAUGGAAGAGAGGUCUAGUAGGUAAAGAAUUUAAAGAUAAACUGCUGUCUGCUGAGAAGGCUGUCACUGGAUACCGUGAUCCUGGUACAGGGAAACUCAUCUCACUCUUUCAAGCUAUUGAGAAAGAGCUUAUUGAAAAGGGGCAUGGAAUAAGGCUCCUGGAGGCUCAAAUAGCCAGUGGUGGCAUUAUUGAUCCUAAAGAGAGCCAUCGCAUUGAUGUGGAAGUGGCUUAUCGUAGAGGUUACUUUGACCGAGAGAUGAAUGAUAUUCUGACAUAUGAAGGUGAUGACACAAAAGGAUUUUUUGACCCAAACACUCAUGAAAACCUGACUUAUCUGCAGCUGCAGAAGAGAUGUAUGUCAGAUCCCAAGACUGGUCUGCUCCUGCUGCCUCUAAAGGACAAGAACAAGAACAAGCAACAGUCGAGUCAAAAGAACACUCUUCGCAAGAGGAGAGUGGUGAUCGUAGACCCCGAGACAGGCAAAGAGAUGUCUGUUCGUGAGGCUUAUCAUAGGGAGCUGAUUGACUACGACACAUUUCUGAAUCUUUCAGAACAGGAAUGCGAGUGGGAGGAGAUCACCAUCACAGAUUCAGCUGGCAAGACUCGGCUAGUUAUCGUUGACCGCAAAACAGGUACACAAUAUGAUGUACAGGACUCCCUGGAGAGGGGCAUUAUUCAGAAAAGUGCCUUAGACCAGUACCGCUCAGGAACCCUCUCACUCACCCAGUUUGCUAAUCUUUUUUCGAGCAAAACCACAGGUUCAGAGCUUUCCAUCUGCACCAGCAUUCCAGAAGAUUUUACAACCUGCAGUAGCCCGACUGAUGUCACACCGUCUUCUCCAACUGUCCGCCAACGCUUUGCCAAUGUUUCAAUCACACUCUCCCCUCCUUCUGAUAUACUGGAUGACCAGAGCCCAGUGGCAGCCAUUUUUGACAGUGAAACUUUGGAAAAGAUCACAAUCACUGAAGCUCAGCGCCGGGGAAUAGUCGACACGAUCACGGCCCAGAAGCUCCUAGAGGCCCAGGCGUGCACUGGAGGUAUCAUCAACCCUUCCACUGGUAAAAGGCUCACUCUGCAGAAUGCUGUAAUACAGAGCAUCAUUGAUGAGGAAAUGGCCAACAAGCUCAAAGCAGCUUACAAAGCUUACACUGGGUUUGAGGAUUUAAAGACCAAAAGGAGAAUGUCUGCUGCAGAGGCCAUUAAAGAAAAAUGGUUGCCAUAUGAGGCUGGGCAGAGGUUUCUGGAAUUCCAGUACCUGACCGGGGGACUGCUUGAACCAGGAAGUGGUAAGCGAGUCAGUAUCGAAGAAGCCAUUCGAAGGGGAUGGCUUGAUGGUAAAGGAGCCCAAAAGCUGCAGGACACCAGGAACUACAUGAAGACCCUGACCUGUCCUAAAACAAAGCUGAAGAUUUCAUAUAAAGAGGCUAUGGAUAACUGCAUGGUGGAGGAGACCAAUGGAAUGAAAAUGCUCCAAGCCACAUCUGUGUCCACCAAGGGUAUCAGCAGCCCCUAUAAUGUUGGGUCUGGAUCAAGUUCUCGCACUGGAUCUAGAUCCGGAUCCAGGAGUGGAUCACGCAGAGGCAGCGUGGAUUACACCUCCAGCUCCACUUCCACUUACUCGUUCACUUCUAGCGCUUUUAUGUCCCGUCCUUAACACUUUUAAACCUGCUAUCUAUGGUGGUCAAUUCUUUUUCAUACAAACUACUCAUUUUUCAUAUACAUAUUAAAAACUAUUAGACUAAAAUAGGGUUUGGGAAUAUUAUUCAUGUUAUCACUUACCUAAUCAGUUUUAUUUGUGGGUGUCUCUGUAUAUCAUACAUCAUACUCCCUUUUUGGGUGCUACUCUUUCUCUUUACUGUUUUUGAAACCAGAAGGUUUUUACAUCAUGUUAGGGAAGCAAUGUACCUUGAAAAGAUCAUUCACCUGCACCAGCAUAUAUCUAUGCAUUGUGUUAUUUUUAGACUUGAUUGAACAAUGCCAUAUUAUAAAUUUUUUUUAAUUGUUAAAGUAAAUAAUUUUAGAGAGUAGAAUUUGAAAAAUUAAAACACUUUGUGCUAACAGAAAAUAAUAAUAACAGAAAAUAAAACAAGUAAUACAAAAUAAACACAGUUUC